AGACUACCAGCUACAGCAUCACUCAGAACUAUAUCCACAGAUCAUAUUGACAAUGGCCGCAACCUCCGCUCCUGGACCCAAAAGCCUCCUCGGGCGUCAUCGCCUUCUUUCUCCCACCGCCGCCGUGCGUGUGAGUCCUCUUUCCCUCGGGGGCAUGAGCCUAGGCGAGAAAUGGGCUGGCCGACUCGGCCUCGUCACCAAAGAAACUGCCUUCGAGCUCCUAGACACCUUCUACGAGCUGGGAGGGAAUUUCAUCGACACCGCAAACGCCUACCAAGGUGGGCAGUCUGAGGAGUGGAUCGGUGAAUGGGUGGAACAAAGGGGUCGUCGCUCCGAGAUGGUCAUCGCAACCAAAUACACCCUCUCCCCGAUGACCGGCCAGCCCCUCCAGGAAAGCAACUACGGCGGAAACGGGACGAAAAGUAUGCACGUUUCUAUCAAUAACAGUCUCAAAAGCCUCCGCUCUGACUACGUCGACAUCUACUUCGUCCAUGCAUGGGACUACUCCACGGACAUUCCGGAGCUAAUGCAGUCCCUCAACCACCUUGUCGCCCAGGGCAAGGUCCUCUAUCUGGGUAUCAGUGACGCGCCAGCCUGGGUCGUGUCCAAGGCCAAUACGUACGCCCGGGCACAUGGCCUGCGACCCUUUUCCAUCUACCAGGGCAGGUACUCUGCGGUGUGCCGGGAUCUGGAGCGGGAUGUGAUCCCCAUGUGUCGUGAGGAGGGCAUGGCGAUUCAUGCGUGGGGUGUGCUUGGUAAUGGCUACAUCCGCUCACCUACCUCCGACGCCAGCGACCGCGUCCGCAACUCACCACACCUCCUCUCCGGACGAGAAGGGAACGUCUCCGCUGUUUUAGACAACGUUGCAAAACGUCACGGUGUACCUAUCACGAGCGUGGCCCUCGCUUAUGCCAUGCAUAAGGCGCCGUACUUCUUUCCUGUUGUUGGUGGGCGCAAGGUUGAGCAUCUCAAGGCGAAUGUUGAGGCCCUCAGCUUGGAGCUCACCCCGGAAGAUGUAAAGGAAAUCGAGAGCGGAUAUGAAUUUGACUUGGGCUUCCCGCACAGCUUCCUCUGCCCGCGUGGGCAUGUGGCCGGGGGACCGCAGGAUGUUGGAUUCUCGGCGGGAAUGGGCCACUUUGAUUACGUUCAACCGCCACAGGCGAUUAGGCCCUAUAAGGUGUAG